AUGGAAACAAGAACGUCACGUGUACAUUCAUCUUCAUCAUCAUUGUCACGUUCUCGUUCACCAAUAUCAAAUAGUGAAAAACGUAGUGUUUCAACAUCACCAAGACGAGGACCAUCAACACCAGUUAAAUCUUUAAUAGAAAGAAAUGAUAAUAAUAAUGAACAAGAUCCAAAUGAUCGUGAACUUUUAUCAUUCGAUGAUGAUUCUAAAGCAAUAGUUGAUGAGAGGUCAUCACCAAUAAUGUCAGAUAUUGAUCAAAGUCAUCAAAAAAAGCGAUCACGUCAUCGACAUCACCAUCAUCAUCAUCAUCGUAAACAUUCGAAAUCAAAUAAGCGUUCAGCAACACAAUAUCAUCGACAUUCAGUUAAAAGAAGUAAAAAAGAAACAGUAUCAACCGUACAUCGGAAUAAAUCGAAUGAUGAAAAUGUUAUUAGUUCACCAGAAAAAAAUACAAGUGAAAGCCAACCAUCCCAAUCAGAACAAGAAAUCUCAUCAUCAAAUGAUGAAUCAAAUGAUGAAGAAGGAAUUGUUGAAGGUGAUAGUACACCGAAUGAACGUCAUAGUCGUCAUCAUCGUAAAAAACAUCGUUCAUCAUCAAAUAAUGAAAAAAAUAGUCAAAGUCCUCAAUCAUCAUCGUUUCCUAUACCUAAAAAUAAUAAAGGUACACAAUUAAUAGUCAAUUAUUUACCAGCAUCAUUACGUGAAUCUGAUUUUUAUCAAUUAUUUGCUCGUAUUGCACCAAUUAAAUUAUGUAAAUUAAUAACUGAUCGUUAUACAGGUCAAUCAUAUUGUUAUGGUUUUAUUGAAUAUCAUACAAAAGAAGAUGCUACAAAAGCUAUUGAAAAAUAUAAUGGAUAUAGAGUUGAACAUAAAAAAUUAAAAGUUUCAUAUGCUCAACCAAAAUCAAAUAAUAAUUAUGAUUUAGAUAAUGUUCAACAUAUGAAUUUAUCAUCAUCAUCAUCAAUACAAAAAAAUCCUAAUAUAUAUAUAACUGAUUUACCAGAUGAUUUUGAUGAAAAAAUGUUAGAACGUCUUUUUUCAAAAUAUGGUGAAAUUGUUCAAACGAAAGUUUUACGUGAUCCGCGUACAAGAAUAUCACGUGGUGUUGCAUUUGUUCUUAUGACAUCAACACGUUAUGCUGAACGAGCUGUUAAAGCACUUGAUGGUUAUGUACCAUCAGGUUCGCAUAUACCGAUAUCUGUUAAAUAUGCUGAUCUCAAAAAAACCGUAGCAGCAGCUGCAGGAAAUAAUGGUAACAUGAGUUCAUCAUCUCGUUUAUCAAGUUCAUCAUCAAUGACACCAACUAUUGGAUCAUACGGAUAUCCACCUGGAUUACCACAAUUGAGUAUGAUUGAUCCAUAUUAUGCAGCAGCUCUUCAUCAUCAUCAUCGAGCAGCAAUAAACAUGAGAGAUUUAAGCCCAUCACCGCCACCACCACCACCACCACCACCUCUACAAUCAUAUUAUAGUAGUGGAUCUAAUCGUUCUUCUCGAAUGCGUGGUUCAUCACCAAAUUUACCACGUUCAUAUUCAUCAUCAUCAUCAAAACAUAAUUCAAAUAUUCUAACAACACCAAGUAAUCUUAAUACAUCAUCAACACUUGCUGCUGCUUAUGAUCUUAUAGCUAAAGGUUGUCAACAAGCUAUUGAUCCAAAUGGUUUUGUAAUAUAUGCAUUUGGUUUACCACAUGAUUGUGAUGAAAAUGAUUUAGAAGAAUUAUUUCGCCGUUAUGGUGAAGUUUAUCGUGUAUAUAUUGUAAGAAAUUAUACAACAGGUGAAUCAAAAGGAUAUUCAUUUAUAACAAUGCGUUAUUAUGAUGACGCAUGUCAUGCUGUUGAUCGUCUUGAUGGUACAACAUUUCAAGGUAGAACAAUUCAAACAUUCGAUUGUUUUUUUUUCGUCUAUUUCCUCUCUUUUCUUUUCUUUUGUUGGCAUCAACCGUCAAUUUAUAUUAUUCUCAAUUUUACAUUAAAGAUCUAUGUAGCAAAUACUUGUUUAUUUGAUUUUCGUGAAAUAUUUGUUACCGGUAAUAAUAAUAGUAGUACGACAUUAACAAAUUUCAAUAAUAUUGCUGCAACAGCUAGUACAAUAUCACAAUUAUUAAAUGGAUUCGAACAUGAUGAUUCGAAUAGUUCAGCAUCUGCUGGUGCUAUUGACGAUGUUUCAAGUAUAAUGAGAAAUCCUUGGGAUCCAUUCCAUUGCGCUGACUGGGAUAUGCAACAACCAAGUGCGACUUGUUUAGCACGAAUUAAACGUGAUAUAUGGAGUGUAUUUAAAGAUCCUCCACCAGGUAUGUUUAUUGCACCGGAUCCUGAUAAUAUCACUAAAAUUCAUGCUUUGAUUGUUGGUCCAUUCGAUACACCAUACGAAGGUGGAUUUUUUUAUUUUCUCAUUCGUUGUCCACCUGAUUAUCCUAUCCGAGCACCUCGUUGUCGUUUAAUGACUACCGGAAAUAAUACAGUUCGUUUCAAUCCAAAUCUUUAUCGUAAUGGUAAAGUUUGUUUAUCUAUUCUUGGUACAUGGAGUGGUCCAUCAUGGUCUCCAGCUCAAUGUAUAUCAUCAUUACUUAUUUCUAUUCAAUCACUAAUGUCGGAAAAACCAUAUCAUAAUGAACCCGGUUUUGAACAUGAACGUACAUCAGGUGAUUCAAAAACAUAUAAUGAAAUAAUAAAACAUGAAACAUUACGUGUUGCUGUAUGUGAAAUGCUUGAAAAUGAAAAUUCAUGUCCACAACAAUUACGAGAAGUAAUGAUCAAACAAUUUUUUGAUUUCUAUGAUUAUUAUGUUGAAGUAUGUACAGAAAAUUCAAAUAAAGAUGGACAACAAAUGAUGGAUCCAUUUGGUGAUCGUCGUGGUCUAUUUGAAUAUGGAUCAAUAUUACAACGUUUAAAAAAAUUAAAAGCAAGAUUUGAAUUAUUACAAAGCACAAAUAAUAAUAAUGCAUGUUCAUCACGUUCAUCAUCAAUAUCAAAACAUCAACAUAUUGAUGCACGUACUCGUGAAAUAAUGAAUGAUGCUGCGGCACUUGAUCCAAAUCCAACAUCAAAUGAUCCUACAAAUCUUGAUGAUAUAUUUGAUCAUGAAGAUGAUGAACCAGAUUCAUCAAUGGAUGACGAUGAUGAUGAUGAUGAUAAUAAUAAUCAUGAACAACAAUUAAAAGAUUCUGAGUCAAUACCAACUAUUCAAAAUGCUGAACAGUCGAAAGAAAAAAGUUCAACAUGA